AUGGACCAACAGAGUUGCCAAGCACAGAUGGGGCAAAGUACGCACCCUGAGUGGAAGCGCUACUGUAGUCCUACCGAAGGGCGACCUUACUAUUGGAUCCCCGACUUGAACGUUUUCACUGAGUCCGACAUUACCAAGGAACAUGUCCUCAGGAGGAUUGGCCAAUGUGCUCAAGAGAUCCUAUCCGCUUUACAAGGAUCCAACAAGAGUGACUACGACAUUGUUCUAAAGGUCCCUGAAACUAGGGAAGGGGGUGGCACUUGCAACUAUUAUCUCGUCGAUCAUAGUUCUGAAACUGUUUUCUGGCUUCGUGAGGUCUCGACCACCACAUUGGGGUUGCCGAAAGCACGCAGCUCAAACCACUUACAACUUCUUCUGUCUGAGCAAUUUUGGGUACAUUACGAGUACAUGCCACCUCCUCAUAGGGACUUGAGACGUAAUGCGAAGAAACUGCUUGCAACUCUGGGAACCUUUUCAAUAGAUGCAUCAUCUUCGAGCGGCUCCGUUUCACCCUUUGAUCAAGGCGAAUGUGAAAUGUAUUCAAGGGCGUUAGCUCAAGUGCUCAGUAAUGGCGAUCUGAUUGACAUUAAUUGGUGUCUGGCCCGUCUGCAGAGCUUAAUCACUCAGAGUCGUGCUAUAAAUUUGUUUGGAGACCACAACUCAAGAACUGAUCGAAACGUAGUCGUAAACGGACAGAAGGCUCCCCCAAAGACUUUUUAUUUCAUCAUUUGGUCACUUCUCAUGUUUGGCAUCCCAAACUUAUAUCUAUCCCGGUGGAAUGCAAUUUGGGUGGAUCGGGUCACUUACACGCGAGAAUGGAGGAAAUUAAGCAAGGAAAUGGUGGAAGAGUUACUGUAUGGAAUGAUCGCGUCAGGUAUAAUGAUUAUUGCUAGCAUUACACUUUUAGGAUCCACUUCGUUAUUGGAGAUUCGUUUAUCAGCCGCUGUAGCCCUGCUGCUAGCCAUUAGCGGUGGAUGUUACGCAACCUCGAUAUUUGGAAGGUUCCGCAGCCUCGGUGGAUGUGCAAUAGAUGCUGCAAAUUAUAUUCAGCUAAAUGAACACGCCAUCACCGGGCUCCAGGGGAUGGCGCUCAAACAUGGCGCUCCUUGGGCAUUGAUAGGAUGGUCGAUUUUACUUCUUUUCCUCUCGGGAUUUUGGGGGAUUUCAAAGGAUAUCGCUCAAGUCUUAUUCCCCGUGCUAAACAUCGGCUGGAAGGAUAUGCUGGUUCCAGCAUUGGUAGCCAUGACCUACCUUUAUGGCAGAGGGUACUUUUCAGUCAAGAUUAGCACAGCCCCUGUGAUUAGCGCCGGACGAUCGUCACCACCAAAUCUCUGCCCACCACCUGCGAUGGACGCGUUCAGGGACAUACCUGAGUUCUUUGAGGUUGAAAUUGCGGAAUGUGUUAGCGCACGAACAGAAACCCUAGCAUCAUUUAGAGAGUUGGGUCCACCAGACCUCUGCCAUGUGGUUAAGACCACGGGACGAGCCGGUCAGAGAGAUAUAGGAUCCUACCACUAUGUUUCUGGGGUGGAUGCCUCCUCAUCAGCAUCACUUGCAGCUUACUUAAACUCUCUGACAUACUCUCUUGAACAAGACUCUGGCUGGUUUGCAAAGGGCACAUCAUGGAAGCUUCGCGUUGGGUCCUACUGCUGCUAUAACGCCUUCUCCCGACUUGAUGUCCGGGUAGACGUAAAAAUCCCUGGCGGUGUCCAAGCCUAUUGUAUUGAUCUUCGUGGUGAUCGACACGAAGCUACACCUGCUAUCUGGCAAGAGACGUACCUCUCCGCUCUACUCCGAGCAAUCCACUAUGCCGACGAUCCCAACUAUCGACUCGCAGGAUACAGAAAGCUGGAUCCUAUUACAACUCCAGAAGGCGAGGCCAGAUUCCUGCAAACCUCCGAGGCCCUAUUCCACAAAGGAUGGCAGCUGGGGUCUGACCCGGAGAUUCAGGUCGCGUCACCCGUCUCUAACCAUCUUACAAGCGGAAUUUUAAAAUAUUUUGGGGCGGCAGGGCGAUAUGCUCCCGCGGUGAAUUUCUUUGAGAGGAUGUACGUUCGUGAACCCGAGGUCGCAAGUUUGUUGGCGACUAGCUACAUCGGGAUGAAUGAAGAAAUCAAAGCUCUCCAGACCCUCUCGGCCGCCCUCGCAUCCUCACGACCCGAUCCUCGUGCUAGCAUAAGCACCCCGCCCUCAUAUACACUCCUUCAUGUUCAAUGUGAUCUAGUCCGUAGCAAAGGUAAAAAAGACUGGGCAGUAGCUUUGGCCAGACAGGCGGUCAAUGUGGCGCCCAGUGAGUUUCUCACUUGGGCUAAGCUUACUGAAUGUUAUAUUGAGAACGGCCAAUACGAAUCUGCUCUUCUGACACUAAAUUCGUGCCCGAUGUUCACCUACAACGAGCGAGACCUGCACCGGAUGCCAACCCCUGCGAGAACCCAUCUGCCAGUUAGAGAGUUUAUCAAGGAUAGCGGAAUCUUGGACGAGGAUAGUGCGAGAGACAAUGAAGCAGACAUUGCCCUUUUACGUCUCCCAGCGCCGUCAUUACGCGGUACAUUUGCAAAGGCGUAUGCCUUGCUAACUCGCCUUGCUUCUGAGGUAGGAUGGGACGAACUUUUACGAAAACGAAGCGCAGUAUUCGUUAUGGAAGAAGAGUAUCGAAGCGUCAAGAUGCGUAAUGCAGAGCAAAAUGGGGAACCAAUCAUACAUGAAGAUGGGACGAUCACUCAUGGCCGGCCCGCAGACGACAAUGCUUCAACGCGAGGAAUGCGCCGCUCACCCUCUCCCGGUGCGCUGAGCAACCUGAGCACGGACGAGGUUGAGUUCGCUGUUCCAACUAUCAAGGUUACACAUGAGGAAGAUGAAAGCCAAGCAAAUGGCGUACCCACUAUCAAGGUUUCGGAACAUAAUGAUGAAGGUGCUGGGGAAGAGAAAGAAGCAUCAGGAUUUUCGGGUGCGGCCGAAGGGUUGGAAAAGCCCGUUUCUAUCACGGUCUCGACUGAAGAAGCGGAGCACAAGGAAAACGGGGCUUUGAAUGAACCGGGAUCGGUACCUCCUAAGCCAGAUGAGACCAUGUCGUUCAGCACAAAGCGACUGUGUGAAAGAUGGUUAGAUAAUUUAUUCAUGGUACUGUACGAGGACCUUCGGAUUUGGACUAUCUUCCGUGCCGAAGUUGCACAUUUCAAGACCCAGCGAGUCGCAUAUAAAAAGACUGGUACCGAGUGGGAGAUUCUAGGUGACUUGGGCGCACGACUUCAUCACAAGGAGGAUGCCAAGGAAGCUUAUACCCGAUGUCUCGAGCAAAAGUUUAGCGCCAAGGCUUGGAUGCGCCUUUUAGAAAUAUACGCUGACGAAGGUGAUUUGCAACGAGGGCUGAAUGCGGCGUUCAGAAUUGCAUGUUAUCAAUGGCGGUGGUAUAUGGAAAGCACCUACCCUACGGCAGUCGCACAACAUUUAUUCAAACUCGGCCAGACACACGGCCAUGCAAAAGUCUCAUACACGCUCAUGAGUAUGGGCCUCCCCGAAGGUGUCUUAUCAAUUAUGCAGGGAUACCUCAACUAUGGGCGUACAUUCAAACCCGAGGGUUGGGAUUUUUGA